UCGUCCUUUGGAUGCCGCAUGAUGUUUCGCUUCAAUUUCGACGAAGAUGGCGCGGCCGCGGCAUUAACGAACGAAACACCUUCGAACCAGAGCUCUGCGGCUCCGAAACGACCCGCACGGCGACAUGUCGCCGCACCGCCAACCGAACCACCAGCUGCCAAUGAGUUUAUUGUCGUGCCAGUUGGCCCUGUUCUGUCGAUGGCAAUCGUUAACCAGCACCACCCACGAUUUCUGUCGCGCACUGGCGAACUGGCCAGCCUCCUCACGACCUCAGAUAUUCAGACAGGGGUGUACGAAGGUGGGUUCAAGUUGUGGGAAUGUGCGGUCGACUUGAUUCAGUACCUGGCUGCGAAUGCGCCCAACCUCCCUGUGCAUAACGGAUGGCGUGUCCUCGAGCUCGGAUGUGGCCAUGGGUUGCCUGGUCUGCAUGCAUUGCAGCAAGGCGCAGCACACGUAACUUUUUCGGACUACAACCACGAAGUGAUCGAGUUGGCCACAAUCCCAAACCUUCAGCGCAACGCCAACGCCAACGACCUAACCAAGGCGACCUUCUACUCUGGCGAUUGGCAAUUGAUGUCCGAAGACAUGCUAGCUCAUGGCACUGACAUGGAGUUUGAUUUAAUUUUGACCGCGGAAACCAUUUACACGGAGAGUGUCAGCGUCGAACUGUUUCAGACCAUCCAACGGCACUUGAAACGACGUGGCGGGAUCGCCCUUGUCGCCGCCAAAUCGUACUAUUUUGGAACAGGCGGAAGUGUCCACCACUUCAAGUCGCUCGUGGCGCAAGACGGAACCAUGGUCGCCCGCACCGUGUGGGAAAGCAACGACGCCAAGUCCAACGUGCGCGAGAUAGUCCAUGUGUCCUAUGCUUAAUCGACAAAUCUGUCUGAGGUCAGCUCUAUCCUCCGGUGCCUUUCCUGGCGGCGCAACCAGUUCCUUGUUUUUGGAUCACGAUAGAGAUUCUGUUG